AUGGAUGUCACCGACCAGUCUGCGCUGUCUGCGCCGCCGACGCGGCCGCAGUUGACCAAAACUCCAAUCGCUCACCUGUCUCCUACCCUUGAACAUCCCGAGGACAAAUGCAUCUAUGCGACUGUUAGCCUUGUCUGGCCGUAUUCCUCUUCAACCAAAUCACUGGCCCUACUCCUGGCCGAGCCGGAUUUUCGCCUUCGUCGGCCGAAUGGUCAGGUUAAAGCUGUCUUUCACGGUCGCGUCGCAGAAACCGUCGCGGAACAGCAUAUUGGGAUUGGAGAAACUGUUUGCCUUUCUCUGAAAGACCCAAGCUUUGUUCCCAACGAUGCCGCGUCCCAGACCCCUGGAAGGAGUAUCGCGUGGGAUCUCUGCUUCGAACGCGGCUUGACACUCGAGGUCGACCGGUCUUCCCAGAAUCUGCCCUCCGUCAGAAUCGAAGUGGAGCUUCCUGCGCCGCAUGAAGCCGAGCCACCAUCUACUCCACGCUUGAUCUCGAACGAUUCCGACACUGUGCUAGCACCUACUCGGGAGUCCUGGGGGUCGCCAGCAUUUCACAAGUCUUCGCGGAGGUCCUCCGGAAGUGCAGUAGAUUUCGCCUUUGAUCCGUUCACAGAAGAGGAUGGAUUCGUGCCUGGGAAAGGAAGAAAACGACCGAGGUACAGCCUCCAACGAACCGAAUGGCGCGUUGUGGACGAACCGGAGAGUCCUGAAGAGCGCGAGGAACCAAUGGACUGGGAAAAGGCUCUGGAGGAUGAGAUAGAUGCCGAAUCUGACACAGAAAAGUCCGCGGAUAUCGAGCCCGCCGAAGAUGCUUCCGUCCCAGUCACGUCGGAUACCGUCAAUCAGGCCAAUGUUGAGGACCCAUUUCAAGAUGAAUCUGCUGUUUUUGUCAAACCAUCCCUGGACCUCGCUGGUGGCCUCUUUGGUAGGCGUGCGCCGCAAACCGUCGACUCUGGACCGACCACUUCUGCUCCCCAAAGUCCAUUUGGAAACCUGUUCAGGCGACCCACAGAUACUCCUCAACUCCGACCAAUACCUUCUCCCGGUCUUCCAAUUCCAUCACCCCUUAUUUCGAACCAGGGAAAUCAACAGGAAUACUUCGCGCCAUUCCAUAUUGCCCCGUCUGCCCAUGAUGUUGAUCAUGCCUCGACGUCGGAUCCCAACACUGCCGUGCAAGAGUUAGAUUCUUUGGCUCAAGCUGCCCAAGAAACCGAAUUUCAUGAGAUGCCAGACCCUACCGAGCAGCCACAGGCUGUACACGACGAUGAGACCUUGGGUCACCCACCGCCGCUUUCCAAUAGCCAUCAAGCACUGGAUUCUGUGCUUGGGGGUUCUCCCGUGGGUGCGGCUGAUCAAUUGCUGACUGUCGAUUUGGAUCAAUUCCACUCCCACACGGCUGUGAAUGAAUCCAACCUUAUCGGCACAGAUACUCGAGUAGAGAUUGUUGAAGAACUACAUAUGACGAUCUCGACUGAACAAUUCGAUGCCCAACCCUUGAAUGAGGCAAAAGAUGAGGCACUACAAGAUGAUUUUGAGGCUCAUGGUACACCUGAUCUCGAGGUUGGAGAGCAAGAAGUUGAAGGGUCCCAGGGGACAAGCCCCCCUCUAGUGCCUAUGGAGAUGCCACUCGAUGAAGCCGAACCAGACGAAGAUAUGGCCGAGGACACUGCAGAUGAAGACGAAGAUCAAGGCCUAUCUGAACUCGCUGGUGAUGAUGCUCUGACGCAAAAUGGCAGUGUUAGCGCCAACCAAAGCGAUGCCGAGGACGAAGUUCGUUACGAGGAAGAUGCAGAGGGAGAGUACUAUUCUGAGAAUGAAUUGUAUGAUGAAGAGGAAGCGAUAGAAUCUUGGUACGAGGAUGAGAGUCAUGCGGAUGAAAGUGAAGACGAGGACAACGAAGCGGCUGGACGGUCACCAGCGCAGCCCGAAAUCAUUGUCCUAGACAGUGACAGCGAAGACGAGAGUGCCUCAGCGCAACCGACAGCGACAUCCCCACACCAUGCUCGUCAGCAGUCUGUGUCUUCUGAAGCCCCACAAUCAUCGGCGGAGGACGAGCGAGAGGAUUGGUCUGUCGUUGAAGACGAUUCAGAUCACAUUGUUUUAGAAGACCAAGACUCUGGCGAUUAUGAGUCUGAGAAUGAGUAUGAAGGCGAACGCCAUAACCGAGUUGAUGACAAAGACGAUCGUGUGCACGACAGUGAUAUGGAGGAUGAUGAGCCAUCUGCAGAUGAUUUAGCACAAGAUGACUACAGCGAAGAGCGUUCCUCACGGGAUGGGUCUGUUGAGGAGGAGCCAGAUGGCGAGGAGCACCUUCAACCAAUUACCGAAACCGAAGAUGCGGCUGUAGUUGAGGGGAAGCUGGAGACCUUUACCGAAGUGGAAGUUCAUGAAGUUCAGCCCGGCCAAGGCAUUGACAUGUCGAUUUCAGCGGAGGAACCACCGCCUCAUGACCCGGCUGGGGAGCAGAGGCACCCAACUACCCAUGAUGAGGAACGCCCGUCGGGAAGAAAGCUCAAGGCCUUUAUGACCGUGGACGGGGCUCACGAUUGGCCCGAGGUUACCAAAACGCCAGAAGAAAAUCAUGAAACUCCAUUCGCGGAUGGCACUCCCGGCAUCGAGAAGGAGAAAGAGAUUUCCGAUACACAAGAAGAUACCCUCGAGUCCGAUGUGCCCGCUGAACAACACCCCAACAAGGGCCUUUCAUUUGAUGCCUCCGCCUUUGAUCCGACUGAGCAACAGCUACCAACUCCUGAUCCCACCCAGGAGGUGUUGCCUGGCGACAAGUCAGCACCCAACAAUGAGCAAGAGGAAGAGUUGGCAGUGGCUGGCGAGCUAGCUUCGCCAGGGGAUCUAGAUAUCUCCCUCGCCACUGCACCAGAAGAACUCAUUGCUCCCGGGCAGCAAAACGAUGCAAACAACGCAGAUGUUGUAUUGCCGACAACCGAGCUUACCGAUGACCGUCAACAAGAUGAUGAGCAAGACAUUGCAGCGCCAGAGUUGACAGUCGAAGCCCCCAAAACCCCGGUAGUCGUCAUUAGCAAGCCCCCAGUCCCAGAUCGCGAUGCCCACGGGCUACGAAGCAAACUAUCCUACUUUGCCCCUCUUGCUACGCUUGCGGAUCAUUACAACGCGCUUGUGGACACAAUCUCUGUUGUUUACGAGGCCUCCCCGGUCGCAAAGGCGACUUCUGGCUCUAAAGAAUAUUCUAUGACGAUCUUCCUUACUGAUCCAUCGAUGGCUGGCACAACCCUUGAAGCUAAGAUUUUCCGUCGAUACAAGUCUGCUAUGCCAUCGGUGGCCGAGGGUCAAGCCAUCCUCCUGCGAGACUUCAAAGUUCAGAGUCAUAAUCAUUCGAUGACUCUUGUGAGUCUCGAAUCCAGCUCUUGGGCUGUGUUCGACGGCUCUGGUCCGGAAGCAAAGAUGACUGGCCCGCCUGUUGAAUACGGAUCUGAAGAAUUGGCCUUUGCAUCCGGCUUGCGGCGAUGGUACUCUGAGGCUGGAGCAGGCAUGGUGGCCGACAGCCAACUCCAGGCAUCCAUCAAAAGAGAUAGCCGGUCGUUCACGCCAAGUAGUGUGGCAGCAAGUGAUGCUGGAAGUCUGGAUGAAACGCCGUCAGCCCGGGAUUCCCCAUCUGCUCGGGGUUCGCGCCGCUCUCGCCGAAGUCACCGACGGGUUACUAUUCAUGAGCUGCGAGACGGUACUCGCUACACCGAGGUCGGAUCCCCUAGCGGCCAGCAUGGGAUUCACGAACUGCGCGAUGGUACGGUUUAUGCAAAUGAAUGA